GAUGAUGGCCCCGCCGUCCGCCGCCGGCGUGACGGGCCCGCUGGCCGUGCUGGACCCCACAGGACAGUUUGCAAAAAGGAAGAAGACUUCCCUUUGGUUCACAGUCGCACUGCUGGUGGUGUCUGUUUUCAUACUCACCAUAGGUCUGGCUGCUACCACGCGAACAGAAAAUGUUACUGUGGGAGGCUACUACCCAGGCAUUGUUCUUGGCUUUGGAUCUUUCCUAGGGAUUGUUGGCAUCUACCUGGUAGAAAACAGAAGACAAAUACUGGUGGCCUCCAUCGUGUUCAUCAGCUUUGGUGUUGUAGCAGCCUUCUGUUGUGCAAUAGUUGACGGAGUGUUCGCAGCACGGCACAUAGAACCCAGACCUCUGUAUAACAAAAGAUGCCAGUUUUAUUCAAGUGGAAUAGGAUUCCUAUAUGAUGCCUACCAGACUGAGGUUACAUGUCAUACCUUAAACAGCAAGUGCCAGCUGAAAGUGAAGAGUAACACAUGCUAUUGCUGUGAUCUGUACAACUGUGAGAAUUCAGACCAGUCCUCCAGCUACUAUGAAUUUCUUGGUGUGAGCAGCUGUCAGGACGUGCUCCACCUGUACAGACUGUUGUGGUCCUCCACAGUCCUCAACAUCAUCGGCUUGUUCCUGGGGAUUAUCACAGCAGCUAUUCUCGGGGCAUUUAAAGACAUGGUACCUCUGUCCCAAAUUGCCUUCAGUGCUGCACCUCCUCCUCAGAUCUUGUACAAUCCUGCCCAGCAGAUCCUGACCUACGCUGGGUUCUGCCCCUCUGCAGCAACAAUUUCUACCUAUCCGUCCUACCCACUGCCUCUUCAGCCUGCCAGCAAUUUUCCAGGAACAUCAUCUACUGACAUUUCCUUAUCAGAAGAAACUCAGCCUCCAUCUCAGUCCAGCUCCAGCUAUGGUCUUCCCCCGAAUGCUCCAGCCCUCUACACACCAACUUACUGCUUGCCUGGAGAAAAGCCUCCACCAUAUGCACCAUAGAACAAAGAAAUUAUUUUAGUAGCUGGUAGGCUUUUAUUUUGUUUUAAAGAAACCUCUGGAAACUGUGCUGUGCAGGCACUAGACUUCCCAAAGGAGCCCAGCACAGAGUGUUACUGCCACUCUGCUUUUACCCACAUCUCCCUGUGAGCAGGGCAGAGCCCUGGAGCUGUGAGGGCAGGCACGCCACCACUCAGUGUGCCUGCAGUCAGGUGUAGCAGAACUUUCUGGCUGCUGUAAGCUUGAGAUGUUUCCCUCCCAGUCCACUGCAGAAUAGAUUUUCUUCAAGAGGAAAAAUGAAGAAAACACUCCAGUUCUG